AUGAAAGCAGGAUUUGAAGUGGUUCAGGGGGCUUUGGACAUGAUACAACCCCAUGAGCCAUGGGAUAUUUACCAACCUGCAGCUGUUGGAUUUCCAACUCCAACCAGCUUCAACCCUUUCCUCGUGAAGCCAAUAAUUGAAAAUCGUUGCUUAAACAUGGAGCGCAACGAGCUCUCUGAUUGGGUGGAGCAAAUCACUAGACAACUCAUCGAAGAUUUACCAGAAGCAACUGGCUCAGAUCAUCAUCAUCAUGUCUUGCACUCUGAGACAAAGUCCCAGGACAACAACAUCGUGGCAUCAUUUUCAGGCGAGUUCAGGCCAAGAAAAGCUCCCAAAAGAAGCCACUUUGACACCAUUGGCAACGAGCUUCAAUGGAGCAACGUCGAGCCUCAUCAUGUUUAUGAUCAUGGAAUGAACAAAGGGUUGAAUAGGGUUGAUGAACAUGGCCUAACCCUGAUAACCCAACUUCUGGAGUGUGCAGUUGCUAUCUCUGUCGACAACCUAGGCGAGGCUCAUAGAAUGUUGCUCGAGCUGACGCAAACGGGCUCUCCUUAUGGGAUUUCCUGCGCUGAGCGUGUCGUGGCUUAUUUUGCCAUGGCCAUGAGCAGUAGGGUGAUCAACUCCUGGCUAGGUACUUGCUCCCCUUUAGUUAACUACAAAAGCAUUCAUGGCGCUUUCCAAGUGUUCAACAACGUAUCCCCUUUCAUCAAGUUUGCACAUUUCACUUCCAACCAAGCCAUCCUCGAGGCUUUCCAUCGCCGUGAUAGAGUUCACAUUCUUGACCUUGACAUCAUGCAAGGCCUGCAAUGGCCGGCCUUGUUUCACAUCCUCGCCACGCGCAUGGAGGGUCCGCCCCACGUUAGGAUGACCGGUAUGGGCAAGUCAAUGGAGAUGUUGCUCGAGACAGGAAAGCAACUAGCGAAUUUCGCCAAGCGGCUUGGAAUGUCAUUUGAAUUCCACCCAAUUGCAAGAAAGUUCGGAGAAAUUGAUGCAUCAAUGGUCCAAGUCAGGCGUGGAGAAACUCUAGCUGUGCAUUGGCUACAACAUUCCUUGUACGAUGCAACCGGACCCGAUUGGAAAACAAUGAGAUUACUAAAAGAAUUGUCGCCUUCAAUCACCACAUUGGUAGAGCAAGAUAUUUCCCAUGGAGGGUCUUUUCUAGAUCGUUUUGUUGGGUCCUUACACUACUACUCGACGCUUUUCGAUUCCCUGGGAGCAAAUCUGCCUAUUGACGAUCCUAACAGGCACCGGGUUGAGCACUGCCUCCUACACAGGGAAAUCAACAACAUAAUGGCGAUCGGAGGGCCGGCGAGAAGUGGAGAGGAUAAGUUCAGGCAUUGGAAGAUGGAGCUAGCAAGGAAUUGUUUUGUGCAGAUGCCGAUGAGUGGGAAUUCAAUGGCUCAAGCACAGUUGAUACUGAACAUGUUCCCUCCUGCUCAUGGAUACAGCCUUGUGGAAGGAGACGGGACACUUAGGCUUGGAUGGAAAGACACAAGUUUGUAUACUGCUUCUGCAUGGACAUUCAAUGCUUCUUCUAGGUAG